AAUUUUUAUUAAUAACUAAAAUUGGCUUAAUACAUCGUUUCAUAUCUGAACUUUAUCAAAAAAUCUCAUGGAACUCUGAAUUUUUAAAAUGUCCCAUGACACCUCAACUAAGUGAAAUUGAGAUACCCUUUGGAUUCUAGUUAGCAAACUGCCCUAUCAACAGAUCAAAGGAAAUGUUAAUUCUAGCUUCCAAGAGUUGAGGUGUAUAGUGGGAUGUUUACAAGAUGUUUACAAGGUGUAUCAUAGGACGUUUGAAAAGUUCAGAAUGCCAUGAGAUUUUUUUGGUAAAUUUUAGGCAUGAACUUAUGUAUUCUGCCAUUAAAAUUCAAGAAAAACUUAGCAUGAAUAUGUUCAUACUGAAACCCGGUCAAUAGACCUUAUAUUCACGUGUCAAACGUCCUUUUUGAACUUUUGACUAUAUUCAAGAGAUUUUUUAAAUAUGACACUCUAUAUGUUUGCAGAGACGCCUUGCUAACUUUGUUAACAAGGCUUAUGUGGAGGAUGUAAUCCCGAUAUGUUGGGUUGCAUUUCAUUGUCAAUCAAGUCAACUUGUUGCAAAAUGUAUGGAUAGAAUAGCGAGGUCGGAUCUUGAUAGCAUCUCAAUAGAGAAGGAUCUUCCUUACCAAGUUUCAAAAGACAUAAAAUUUCUUCGCAAGGAGCUUAUGUCUGAUGAUGAACAGAAAAUUGAGGCUGUCGACCCGCUACAUGAAAUGGUAAUUAAGAGAAUACAUGAGGCAUUAGAUUUGGAUGAUAUUGAACAGGUAAAACUUCUCCUGACAGAUUCUGAUGUAACACUGAAUGAUGCAAAUGCUCUUCAUUAUGCUGCUGCGCACUGUAGCCCCAAGAUUGUGUAUGAAGUGCUUGGCCUUGGUCUUGCUGAUGUCAACCUGAGAAAUUCACAAGGUUACACAGGUCUCCACAUUGCGGCAUUGCGAAGAGAACCAUCAGUGAUAGUGUCUCUAUUGGCAAAAGGUGCUUGUGUUUUAGACCUAACAUUGGAUGGGAGAAGUGCUGUUAGCAUCUGCCGAAGGUUAACUAGGCCAAAAGAUUAUCAUGCUAAAACAGAGAAGGGGCAGGAAGCUAAUAAAGACAGGCUAUGCAUAGAUCUUUUAGAGAGAGAAAUGUGGAGGAACCCCAGGGCUGGAGAUGCUUCUAUCAUGUCCCUAAUUGAUGAUCUGGACAUGAGGAUUGCGUACCUGGAAAACAGAGUGGCGUUGACACUAUUAUUGUUCCCUGCUGAAGCCAAGUUAGCCAUGGAAAUUGCUUGUGCUGAGAAAACAUCUGAGUUUGCAUCAAAAGGAUUUAAUCGGAAUUUUAGGGAGCUUGACUUAAAUGAGACACUGAUAACUCGGAACAAAAGACUUCUUUCUAGGUUGGAAGCCCUAAAUAAAGCAGUGGAAAUUGGUCGACGGUUUUUCCCUAAUCGCUCUCAAGUGCUUGAUCAAUUCAUGGAAGACGACUCGUUGCUUGAUUUGUUUUAUCUUGAAAAAGACAUCCCAGAAGAGCAGAGAAUCAAAAGGGUGCGCUUCAUGGAGCUCAAAGAGGAAACUCGGAGGGCCUUUAGUAAGGAUAAGGCUUAGUUCAUGAGCACAGCUUUUGGGAGAAAAUGUCUAAUAAAAGCAUGAUGACUGAAUAUAAAAUGUUGGGGCUGUAAUUUAGAUUUCUGAUUGUAUUAUUUCAGCGAGAGCAAAUGAGCUCUAUGAGCUAAACUCCAAAUACUAUGAAGCCAGUUGCAGAUUAAAUUUAUUGUCCUUAGUUUCUAAAUAAUCUAGAUGGAAAUCAAAUUGACAUAUUUAGGGCAA